UCCGGCUUAGCGAUUUAAAUAUGGUGCAUUUUAAAAAAUAGAACACGUGUUUACAUCGAUCAAAAUUGUACACAAAAUUUACAAGAUGAAAUUCACAAAAUUUAUUUCCAGUAUUUUUUUAAUGAUAGCUUUUGUCUCGGCGCGUAACUGGGAUUUCGAGAAAUCCAUAUUUUGCACAGGCCGACUACUGCACGAUGUCCAGAUGUUGGAGUUGCUUGGCGGCCAAAGGGAGUUCCUCGAGUUAAAGCUAAAGAGAUCCGGAGAGGCGGUAAUGCGGAGCUACAGAGACUUAAGGCCUAAGAUCAAAAUCAAACAGCCCGAAGGGAGGGAAGCGUUGAAAGAGUUUAUCACGAACAAUUUUCAAAACGUGACCACCUUGGAACCGCACGUACCGAUCGAUUGGAAGUCCCAGUUUCCGUUACUUCACCUGGUCAACGAUAAUCAAGCAAGAGAUAUGCUCAGGAGAAUGAACAGGAAUUUGAUCAAGUUCAGUAGGGUGAUGAAAAGUGAGGUCAGAGAAAAUCUCACCUUGUACUCUUACCUCCCGGUGCCCUUUCCGUUUUUCAUCGCCUAUUUGAACGAAAAUCAGCUUACGUAUCGGGACAGUUAUUGGGUGAUGGAAGCUCUUUUGGCUUGCGACAUGUUAAAAUCUGCAAAACGGCUCCUAUUGAAUCUGAUCAGUUUGGUGGUCGAGGUGGGUCACGUACCUCCUGAAAACAGGAUAUUUUUCGUCAACAGGUGUGCACCGCCUAUCCUCCCGCUUAUGCUGCAUAGAUACUUCCAGGAAACGAAAGACUUUAAAUUCGUGAAAAAAUACUUUCGGGCCGUGGAGCACGAUUAUCUGCACUGGUUCGGAGAGAGGUCCCAGAUCGUCCGCACUCCUUUUCACAUAUUUCUCUGCGUCACCGAAGAGAAGGAACGGCUUCGCUUACCAAGACCGGAAAAAUACUUGGAAGACAUGACAUUCAAAAAGAAGCCGCCGAGGGGUGAUCUUGAUUUUUCUUUCGUCUGGUGGGACUCUCCACCGCCGGUUUCGACCGUUUCCAUACGCAGCACUUCCAUCACCGAGUGGUCGGCGAGAGUGCUUGCGGAGUUUUCGAAAGAGUACGGCUCUUACGAUCAUGUCGACAUGUACUACAACAUCUCCAAGCAAAUGGUCAAUACCAUCGAUAACCUACUUUACACUAGUGAAGGCGGGUGGAAGAGCUUCGAUCCGAAGAAAGGUCAAGUCGGGCGAUUAUCUCUCUGGCCUGUGUACAGUGGGAGCCACGAGCUCAUCAAUUCAGACGUCUUACCUGACCCGAUAACCGCUGAAGAAUACCUCAUAGCAGUACGGAUAUUACUGUCGAAUGGAAGGGUUAAUGACGCUCGUGAGCUCGCGACCAAGUGGGUGCUCAUCCAGAGGGGGCAGGCGGACACCAGUCUCAUAAACACCUGUGUAACUAUACUUAUGAUAAAACACUUCCCCGAGAUUAGCAUACCGCCUGAGACAGAAGACAUCAACUAUCUAAAUCCAAUCUGCGCAGUCACCUCUAUUCUUCUUAUACUUUUCAACUUGUACUCUACAAUCGAAAAACUAGUUUUGACCAUUUUCUAGGCAAAGUAUAUAUACAUACGAAAGAA